AUGUUCUCAAUCGCCACUGACACAAAUCAAUAUUCAGAUGCCCAAAACCACAAGGCGGCCACGAAANGGAUUAACUUAUCAGCUGAAAUCACAGAUUCACAAAACAACAGAAACGAGUCAAGAUACGAACACGGAACACUCCGCGAACAAAAACAGAAACAACCCACCCUCGGAUUUGUUCUUGCUGGCAGGCAAAUUCGACGACGAGCGAUUGUUCCGAUAAUCAAUCUGCUUCCCGGCGGCGGUGGAGGUGGAAGGUACGGCGCCGGCGGAGCCCUUGUUCCUGGAGGUAGAAGGGGAAGACUUCUCCAAAUGCUUGUCCAAGGCGUCGUUGAUUCGCUUCCGAUCCAGCAUCUCUCCACCCUUGGACGAGCCGCCUCCUCGAUCUCUGUACAUGUUCACCGCAAGAUCAAGGAAAGAGAAGACCAAAACCCGCUAGCACCACACUCUGUAGUUACAUAUGCGGGUUUUGAAAAUUUCGAACAGAGAAAGAUCGAUUGGAUAUGGUGGAAAAUGGAUAGAUUUGUACAGUGUGUUUGUAUGAUGAAACCGAGACGAAAGAAGCUAGGGUUUCUUUUCUAUAGUGGGGGAAAUGGGAUGGGGAGUGCUGACGUGCGGACUGCGUUCACCUUCACUCACCGACCACCGAAGUCGGCUAUCCGAUUCAGAAGGUGUGUUGAGAUUUAG